CGACAGGCGGAAGCGACCUUGGCGGCGGACGAGCGCGCGCUGCGCGACGCCCAGGCGGCACACGUCCGGGCGCUCAAGCGCGUCGCCAGCGAAGACGACUCAAAGUUUGUUGGACGACCCAAACUGCACGAUCGGUACGUGCUGGAAUCGCUACUCGGGAAAGGGGGGUUUUCGGAAGUGUGGCAAGCCUACGAUCUGGUCGCACUCCGACCGGUGGCGGUCAAAAUCCAUCAACUCGAUUCUCGUUGGUCGGCCGCAAAAAAGGACAACUUUACGAAACACGUCGCGCGAGAAUACCGUAUUCACCGCAACGUUCGCCACCCCCGCAUCGUUUCCCUCUUUGACGUCUUUGAAAUUGAUAACGACGCCAUUGCGACCGUCUUGGAAGUGUGCGACGGGGCCGAUCUAGACGCACUCCUUAAGCUGCAACGCCGGUUACCCGAACGAGAUGCCCGCGCCAUUCUGCUGCAAAUCUUGUCCGGCAUGAUGUAUCUGAGUCAUCCGUCCGAGGACGGUUCUCAUCAGGGAAUCAUUCACUACGACCUCAAGCCGGCCAACAUCCUCUUUGAUCAAAACGGAGACGCGAAAAUCACGGACUUUGGCUUGAGUAAGAUUAUCGACUCACUCGACGAGACCGAAGCCAGCAUGGAGCUGACAUCGCAAGGGGCCGGGACCUACUGGUAUUUGCCGCCCGAGUGCUUCGUCACAGACGAAAACGUUCGAAUCAGCAACCGGGUGGAUGUCUGGUCGAUUGGCGUGAUCUUUUACCAAAUGUUGUUUGGAAAACGGCCGUUUGGGGAUGGCCAAUCGCAGGACCGGAUCUUGACUGACAAUACGAUGCUCAACGCGCACUCUGUCGAAUUUCCAGACCAGCCGGUCGUGUCGUCCCAGAGUAAGGAUUUUAUUCGAGCCUGCUUGACGUACGACCAGUCGUCGCGACCAACGAUUGCUGAGCUUUGCCAAAAACCCUACGUUGUAAGCCGCACGUUCUAA